CAGAUUGUUACUGGUGUUUACAAAAACCCAUCUGUGUUGUUUAAAGUUGCACACAGCAUCAUAUGGCACAAACCCUCCUUGUUGUCAACUUGUGAGGCACUGGCAGUGUAGCUCAGAGAUUAGAGACGUGACAUAGGACACUGAGGAUUUUAUGCCCAUUUGUGGCCCUUUGGAUGGUCUUGCACAUGGAACUGCUGCUAUUGCCGAAUAAACACAUCUCUCCAUAUGAGAUGGGCCAGAUUCACAGCAGUGGCAGAGCCAGUUCCAGCCAGUUCCAUCCCUGGCUUAUUUCAUAGCCAGGACCAGUCACCAAUUAAAGCCUUAAAAUGAGUAAGAUGACAAGGGUUUUGUGGCAAAGAACAUGAAGCCCUCCAUUUGAUGAAGAAAACAGAGGAGGCACUUACUGACUCUGCUCUCAAUUGCAGCUAUUCGUACACUAUGGCAGCAGAUGCUCCUGCACUGGCUCCCAGAUACCAGUGGACAGAGUAAACAGAAAUGCUUCUCUUUCAAGAAUAAAAAUAAAGGGUAUGUUUCCAAAGGUGGAUGGUGCAAUUGAAAAUUUGGCCAGAUAAAGCCAUGGCUGCCUUAUACCAUGCAUGUUAAAAGCUGUACCUGAAAUCAAAAUGUCAACUCGGAUUCUACUGGAAAGAUAACUCAGCCUCCUGCUGGACACUUUACAGCAAAGAAAACCAGGGGCACCCUACAAGUGGGAGAAGAAGUGUCACAAAAGAACAGAGAAGUGGAAUCAUGGGAUGGGUGUCUAAAAGGAUGGAUGGAAAGCCAGGGGCCUCCCUUCAGUGAAGCACCUAAGAAUACAUGUAAGGGGUACCAGGCUGUGAACACAAUCAUCACAGACCUGUCCAAGUUUCCAUUGUAAGAAGGCUGAUCUCACAAGCUCCAGCAACGAUGACUCUGACUCAAGCUGAGAAGACUGCAGUGGUUGCCAUUUGGGGAAAGAUAGCUGCCCAAGCUGAUGCCCUUGGGACCGAGUCGCUGGAGAGGCUUUUUUCAAGCUACCCCCAGACCAAGACCUAUUUCCCCCAUUUUGAUCUCAGCCAAGGUUCUGCUCAGCUUCAUGGCCAUGGCUCCAAGGUCCUGGGUGCUAUUGGUGAGGCUGUCAAGAACAUCGAUAACAUUACAGGUGCCUUGGCCACACUUAGCGAGCUGCAUGCCUACAUCCUCCGAGUUGAUCCAGUGAACUUCAAGCUGCUUUCCCAUUGCAUUCUGUGCUCUGUUGCUGCCCACUUUCCCAACGACUUCACCCCAGAAGUCCAUGCUGCAUGGGACAAGUUCCUGUCCCAGAUUUCUUCGGUGUUGACUGCAAAGUAUAGAUAAACUGUCUCCUUGGAUCAUGAGGCCAUGGCAGCUAGGAGUGGAAUUCCCACCCCUCAUCAUGCAUGCUUCAUGAAUCCCCACAGAUGGGUUUUGUCCUUAACAACAAGUCAAUAAAUAUGCCAAUUAGCCAUCAUGAUCUUUGUGCUUUAAUCUUUACUAGCUCCAGCCACACAUCAUUGUUCAUAAUGGGAGGUGUUCUGACAUUCCCUAUAAGAUACUAAGGGGUUAAUUAUCUGGGAUCCACAUACAACACUUCUAUUUACCCUUUU